AUGGCUCCUGCGGCCGCUCACGCUGUCGACGGUAUCCUGCCACCAAUUGACCUCAAGUCGAUCCCGCCCUUCUAUCGACGCAAGAAUGGCAUCCUGCUCUACUUUCUGCUUACUUCGUCGCUGUUGGCGAGUGCUGCGCUGGGAAUCGAUGGGUCCAUGACAAACGGCAUGCAAGUUCUCGAGUCCUGGCAAAGCCGCUUUGGGUAUCCCACGGGCUCCAAGCUGGGUUUCUUCGGGGCUGCCAAUGCCAUUGGCGGGGUGAUUCCCUUCCUAUUUCUCGGUUGGAUUGGGGAUGUCCUGGGCCGGCGAGUGCCAACGGCGCUGGGGUCGGUUAUCAUCAUUGCCGGAGUCAUUGUUGAAUUCUUCGCAACGUCGCUGAACAUGUACAUCGGCGGCAAGAUAGUGCUAGGAGUAGGCUCGUCGCUGAUCCAAAUGGGCGCGCCGGUCCUCGUCACCGAGCUGAGCCAUCCGAAAGAGCGUGUGCAGAUAACUACUUUUUACAACACAUCCAUUGUCCUUGGUUAUGUCAUUGGCGCCUGGGUGACCUUUGGAUGUUAUCGAAUCAAUAGCCAGUGGUCAUGGCGCCUGCCUACUCUGAUCCAGAUCAUUCCGUCCGCUUACCAAUUCUGCUUGAUCUUCUUCUGCCCCGAAUCUCCCCGCUGGUUGAUUGCUCACGGCCGCCUUAAGAAGGCCAGGGAUAUCCUUGUCAAGUACCACGGGGAGUGUGACCCUAAUUCGAAGCUGGUUGAAUUCGAGUUCGCAGAGAUCCAACAGGUCCUCGCAAAGGAGGCUGAAAACAACAUGACGUGGAGAGACUUCUUUUCUUCGGUGCCCAAUCUGAAACGCAUUGCACUCUGCUUUCUGACCGCCCUGUUCAGCCAGAGCUCCGGAAACCUGCUCGUUUCGAAUUACCUCACACAGAUCCUAAAAGAUACAGGAUUGAAAACCCAGGCCCAGAUCACACUCGUCAACGGCAUGGUGACCCUUUGGCAAUACAUUGUCGCAGUGACUGUCACUAUUUUUAUCGACCGCUUCAAGCGCCGGACCUUUUUCGUCACCGGCUCCGGCGGGGUGCUUGUCGUCUUCAUUGUAUGGACCAUCGCUUCUCAGCAAUACAUCGAACAUAAUUCUUUGGCUGCUGGCCGCUUGGUCUUGGCCUGUAUCUUCAUCUUCCAAGCCUUUUACACCAUGGCGUGGACGAAUCUGGUCGUCACAUAUCCCCUGGAAAUCGUCACCUACCAGAUGCGAGCCAAGACGUGGGUCUUUGUCCUGCUUACGAUCCAAGUAUCUUCCAUCUUUGGGGGUUACGUCAACCCGAUCGGGCUGGCCAAUAUCGGCUGGCGUUUCUAUAUCUACUACUGUGUCUGGGUAGCUCUCAUCUUCCUCAUUGUCUACUUCUUCUUUGUCGAGACGGCGGGGCCGACCCUCGAGGAGCUGACGUACAUCUUCGAGGGUAAAGAAGAGAAGUUACCAGUGACCCAGGAGAUAGCAGAAGUGAAGCGUGAUGUUCAUGAAAUGGAGCGUGUUUAA